GCCAUUUUACAUCAACCCAGCGGAAAAUCGGUUGCGAAGAUGACGGCUCAAAUGGAAAAUCAACUGUGCAAGCUGUUUGUCGGUGGCCUCAACGUCCAGACCACCGACGACGGGCUGCGAAAUCAUUUCGAGCAAUACGGAGCGCUCACGGACUGCGUGGUUGUGCAGAACCAGCAGCUGAAGCGCUCGCGUUGUUUCGGUUUCGUGACCUACUCGAGCCCCGAGGAGGCGGACUCGGCCAUGGCGGCCCGCCCGCACGUUCUGGACGGUAACAACGUCGAGCUGAAGCGGGCCGUGGCCCGGGAAGACGCUGGCAAACCCGAGGCCCUCGCGAAGGUGAAGAAGAUAUUCAUCGGCGGGCUUAAAGACGAUAUCGAGGAGGAUCACCUCCUCGACUGCUUCUCCCAGUUCGGCGCGGUGGAGAAGGCGGAGGUGAUCACGGACAAAGAGACCGGCAAGAAGCGGGGCUUCGGCUUCGUGUAUUUUGAAGACAACGACUCGGCCGAUAAAGCCGUGGUGCUCAAGUACCACGUUAUUAACGGGCAUAAAGUGGAGGUGAAGAAAGCCCUGACCAAGCAGGAGAUGCAGGCCGCCGGUAGUCGCGGUGGCCGUGGCGGCCGCGGAAGGGGGAUGGGAAGACCGCAGAACGGCUACGGCGGGCGCGGCAGCGGAUACGGUAACUACAGCGGCGGCGGCGGCUAUGGAGGCAGUGACGGCUACGGUGGCGGGUAUGGGGGAGGCUACGGGGACCAAAUGGAGGGCUACGGCGGUGGUAACGGCUACAGUGACUUUGGCAGCGGCUAUGGCCAGCAGUCCUCUGGCUAUGGCCCAAUGAAAGGUAAUUACUCGGGCAGAAGCAACGCUCCUUACUCCCGAGGAGGUGGUGGUGGUGGUGGUUACGGCAGGGGGGGUUACGGAGGCUCGUAUUAGGAGCGUAUAUUAGGUCACAAAUUAAGAGCAGCUCCUUCCCCAGCCCACAUCACAGUUUUGACCACACAUUAUCUUCAGCUAAGUAGCCAGAUUGAGCCACCUUAAUGAGGCAUGGCAUUGACUGAAACACUCAAGCUCCAUUCAGGAGUUCACAACUUUAUCCAGCCUAGCAGAUCAUAGGUAACGUUAGGGCUCACCUAUCCGACUUUACUCAACACCUCACAGCUGUUACUGCUACUACUACACAUCCUUUUGCUCUUUUCCCUGAAGUACUAGGGAGUUUUUUUCCCCAGCAAGACAUAGGACUACUACUCCGGAUCUCUACUUAUUAUAAGACUGGCCAGUGGUGUCUUGGCAGGCUACUUGUUCGCGAAACUGUUACUCACGUUUUUUGUGCUUUGGGGUUAAGUUAAGAGUAGUAUUUUUUGCUUGUUAAUUAUUGUAUGCAUGCGUUUUCCUACUUUUAGUAUAUGUAUUGUAUUUUUAUUGUGUGUUUUCUUUUCAAUACAUUAUAGGGUUGC